AUUGACAUCGGGAUCGGCAUCCAAUAAGUAGAUGGCCUCGUUGGUAGCUUCCAGCCGCAGGAACACGAGUUUGCUACAUUAUCAGAUUUACUACAUUAGUUAGACGAUUUGCUCUCAUAACGUAAGACACCAUGCCCAAAAAAGCGGUCCGAAACGCAUUUUAUUUUUUUAUGAAAGAUAUUGAACCUGCUCUGAGAAAGGAAGGACGUGUUUUCCCAAAUGGAAUGCAAGACGUUGUUCCUAUUGCUCAUCCACGAUGGCAGGCUUUGCCAGAGAAGGAAAAAGCAAUAUAUGAAAUGAGGGCUAAGGAAUAUAAAAAGCAGAGGAGAGGAGUUGAAGGGGAUCAAUUUCGAAUGGACAACCAAGGACAGUUGCUCUCUGAACGUGUUGAUAAUGAUGCCGAGACAGAAAAGCAACGACUCAAGCAGAGAAGGAUAGUACGAGAGAAGUGGCUCCCAGGGGAAGAGGUUGUGAAUGAGGUAUUUUAUUUGAUCAACUUCCAAACACUGUGUGUAACAGAUGACGGUCAUUACUUGCCUGCUGAGAUCGGCGUGAUUGAGUACAGCAUCAGACGAGGCAUUAGUAAAAAACUCCACAGAUUCAUAGAACCAGGAAGAAUCCCUAUAGGAUAUAGAGGAGCUUGUAAAGAGAAAAGUGAAGACUAUCAUAAAAUACCAAUGGAAAACUUUGAGAAUGCGGACUCAAAUUACCGUGGGCUGUGGAUCCAGCUAGAGAAUUUUGUGAAUCCUAAUGGAGAGAAACCAGAGUACCCUCCGUUUUAUUGUCUGGGCAAUGACAUCACAGAAACUGUGUACUGUUUGGAAUGGAUUCAUGGUCGAGCUUGUCUGGGAAUUCCUAAUCGUCUCAAGAAAGUGUAUGAACUAGAGGGCAUGGUCUAUGACCUUUAUCAACACAUAGGUCUUUCUGUAUCAAAAACACGGGUCAUUGAAUUUUUGACCUCAAACUCUUGGGAUUAUGAACCCAAAACCAGGUGUGACUACCAUGAAGAACUGGAAUGUAAAUACUGUUCGCUAGGCAUCAUUCAGAGAUACGCGUAUGCUAUGUCAGAUAGUCUUUGUGGCCCGUUUAAGAUUGAACUGACAAACAGACACCUUCCUGUUCGCACAAACAACCCAAUAGUCACCCUGCCUCCCUCCUCAAUGAAAGUCCACACUCCCUCCAGAGGUCAGAGGUUCCAGGGGCCCCCUGUUCAACAAAAGAACAGUUAUAGUGCUCUGUCUAAGAAAAAUUUUAAAGAUGAUAGCUCUGAUGAAAGUGACGAUGAUAAUCAGUCCAUGACUUCCCUUAGACGUCCUCACCUCCCAGCAAGCAUGGCACCAGCACCAAAAGAUCCAUGGGCAGAACAGCCAAAGCCGCAAUCAGUAAGUCUAGGACGAGGCACCUGGUCAGGCACACCUAUUCCUGCAAAGCCUGCACCCCCAAAGCCAACACAGACAGAGUUCCUAUCCCUUGGUCGUGGUAUUGGAGGUGUAGCAGGUGUCCCCUCAGCUGGCUUCAAUCCUAGUGUUGGAGACUUUCCAGGUUUAGGAAGAGGGACAGGUGUACAGGGAGUAGGUAUUGGGAGAGGAGUCCCCUUAAAUCAUGGAUAUUCAGCAGGAGGACAGAAGUUUGCAGGAAGAUCAAUGGCUCCAGACCCAAGGUCAGCACCAGUUCCUCCUGCAGCUUGGGUAAAGGAGGAAACACCCAAACCAACUUUGAACAGUAUCUCGCAAAGUUUACAGGCCACAACUUUGGGUCCAUCAGCACCUCCAGGAUUUAGUCCUUUGCAACAACCAAGCAAGGAGCCAAUAUCACAACCUGAGAUAGUCAAAAAAACCAGUGCCCCGCCUCAGAGAGAUUUUAGUGGGAAAGGAAGGGGAAUUAUGGGAAAUGUUGACCCAUCCCUAAAGCUUCCUAAAGGCCGUGGUUAUGCUCCACCGGGAAUGGAUAUUCAAAGACAUCUUCAGAUGUUGCAAUCGGAAAACUGAUCAUACAAGUUUGCUGAAAAAGUUUCCAAAUAUGGGAUACUCUUUGUUCAAUCAAGAAAGUUGGACACUUGUAAAAGUGUAUCCUUGAUGUUGAACAAUAUCAAGGAGACAAUGUGUCUUGUUCUGUUAAUUGACAGGAGCUGAUAAUUAAGAAGUUGAUGACGUGACUUCUUUUUUUAUGGCAGCAGUGAUGGAAUUGUUUGAUAUGUAACUAAUACAUACCAAUUUUCUUUUGAAUGUCUGGGUGACAUAAUCGAAUUUUAUAGAAAUUCUUUAUUUUGAAAUAAAAUGUUAUAAUGUA